AUGUCACUCUACUACGAGGCCGCGGCGAUUCUCGCAAAUCCCGACAAUAUCGGUGGAUCUUUGAAGUCGCGUAUAUACAAGAAAAAGGACUUGAAGAGCACGCCUGCGCAAAUCUUCGCGCUCGUUGCUGAAUCUUCGAAAUGGUCGGUGGUUCUCAAGCCUGUGAUUGAGAAGUGCGGAUUGCUGGCGGAGGAGAAGAAACUCACUCCGAUCCUCGCUCUCCUCCUCUCGCACGACUUGCUCCUUGCUAAGAAUGGCGUUGCCGCACCGGCGAACCACGUUUUGAAGCUUGCGAUCACCCGGCAUAAAGCGCGCCUGAGCGCUGAAUUCACGAAAGCUCGCAUACAACACGGGCAUGCCGCAUUGGAUGCUUUCAGGGAAGCUGUGAACAAUGGCGAGCUAGACAAGGAGGAUGGAGCUGUACAGAAGAUAAGCAGACACCCACGUUGGGUGCGAGUCAACACGAUCAAGAGCACCUUGGACCAGCAGCUUUCGACCACAUUCAAGGGUUUCCGUGAGACGGACAACCUCAAGGACGUUCUCCUAGCAGCGAAAAGAUCGAAGAUAUACUACAAGGAUCCAAAUAUCCCCAACUUGCUCGCGCUCCCUUCGAGGAUCGAUUUGAGCAGGUCGCCAGCAUACACGAGUGGCCAGAUCAUCUUCCAGGACAAGGCUUCAUGUUUCCCAGCCUACUUGUUGGAUCCAGUACCUGGUGAUGGGGACGUUAUCGAUGCUACUGCAGCCCCAGGAAACAAAACCACUCACUUAGCAGCUAUUGUAUCAAGUCAACUCCGCACAGGCCAAAAGCAAAAGGUGAUUGCAUUCGAGCGCGACAAAGGCAGGACUGUCACGUUGCAGAAGAUGGUCAAACUCGCUUCAGCGAACAGCGUGGUUCAGGUGAAAGGUAGCAGCGACUUCUUGGCUACUACGCCUGGGUCAGGCGAGUUCGCCAACGUCGGUGCCAUAUUGCUCGAUCCUAGUUGCUCUGGGACUGGUAUUGUUGGGCGGGACGAUGCAAUCAAGAUGCACCUGCCGGAGGUACAAGGCGGCACAAAAUCUUCACAGAAGCUUGAUAAGAGCAAAAAGAGAAAGAGAGGCGACGAGGCCGGCAACACAUCUGAGGCGACUGCAACUCUCAAUCUACACUUGGAUGAUUCGACACCGGAAGAAACACCAAUUGAGGGAAAGCUGUCCGAGCGACUGGCAGCUCUAUCGAAAUUUCAGCUUCAUAUCCUCAACCACGCAAUGCGAUUUGCCAAUGCACGUAAGAUUACCUACUCCACCUGUUCCAUCCACUUCGAAGAGAACGAGGGCGUGGUGUUCCAAGCAUUAGCAUCCUCUGCCGCGAAACAAGGGGGGUGGAGGGUUUUGGCAAGAGAGGAGCAAGUGGACGGCUUGAAGAAUUGGCACAGGCGGGGCAUUUGGGAGGAUGAGAAAGUGAGCUGUGACCUAGAUGAGGGAUCGAAGAGGGAGGUACUGAAUGCAUGUAUUCGUUGCGAUAAGGACACCGAAGAAGGCACAAUGGGCUUCUUCGUUGCAGCUUUCGUAAGAGACGCAGAGAACGUUCCCGCUCAGUUACCGGAAGCAACGGUCGAUGAUGUGGAAGAGUGGAAUGGCUUCAGCGACGAUGGCGGUGGUGAAAAGACCGAAGAUAUUGACGGAGCUGCAGUACAGCAGCCAGAGAAGCAGAAGAAGAAGAAACGGAAAGCAUCUGGACAAUGA